AUGUUGCUCCUUGUCCCUCGUCCAAACAUCACACAUAUCGACCUCUCCACCAUCACCAACUAUUCCGAUAGUAUCAGCCUCGUAUCCACCCUUCUACUCUCUUUAUUGGCAACUUCAUUUUCUUUUGAGUCUCAUUCAUUCCUUUUAUCCCUCCCUACUAAUCAAGGAUUCAAAUCCCUCCCCCUUCACACUAACCCUUCCUCUUAUUCGUCCCCUUUAGGUGUUGCCAAAUGGAAGCAGUUUUGGACUCUCCAGAUUCCUUUGAAUGCUCGCAAUACUUGGUUCCGGAUCCUUCAUGAAAAAGUUACUACUCGUCAAUUAUUACAUCAACGGCUUCGCGAUUCAUUUACCCCGUACUGUCCUCACUGUCAGUCUUCGUCAUCCACAAUCCCCACCAUCAUCGAAGAUACUGAGCACUUCCUCUUUUCCUGUCCUCGAAAAUUGGACGUCUGGCGACAAACUCUCUCUCUUUACAUCUCACCUCGAUUCUCUUACUUUGCGUACGAGGAAUACAUUGCCAUCCUCCACCUUCGCCUCGAUAUUGACCGCUCAUCUCAUGAACUUUUUCCUGCAUUAUCCGUGUUCCAGGUCUUUGCUUGCAUCCAACAGGCUAUCUGGUCUGCUCAUUACCGCCAAGUUUUCCAGCACGUCCCUUUCAUCCCGUCUACUGUCAUCCACUCCAUUCAUCGUACUCUCCUCAAUUUAGACUCCCAACUUUCCUUCGAUACAAUUAUCUGA